AACGAUCACCGAUGCGUCGCGCUGUCGUCGCCCGAUCCUCCGAUUCGCCUGACCAAAGCCGCGCCUGAUCGAGUCGGCUGCCUUUCUCCUCUCGAGCGGAGACUACUGGCAUCGAGGUAUCGCCGGUCGCGGUCGUUCCCAAAAAUUUUGUCCACGGUUUCGAAAGUGACGAGUUCUUGUUGCAAAGCGUGCCCUGAAUGAACGAUCCAUCUGGAGACGGUCUGGAGAUCGCUUCGCCUUCGGCGCCUUUUCAGCUUUCAAAGGGAACGGUCCCGAGCGUUCCUAGAUUCGCUGGCGACCACUCAUUAACGCGGAGGUUUCAUUCAUAAAUUGUAGAGCUCUGUUAGGUGUCUUCGAAGAGAGAACGAGUGAGACGCAGACAGAGAGAAAGAGAGAGAAAGAGACAAAGAUAGAGAAAAAGAACGAGGGAGAGAGACACAGGGACACCGUGACAGAGUGACGGAGACGCGUAAAGAGAGAAAGAGAGAAAGAGAGAGAGAGGGCGGGCGACAGUGGGGGAAGGUUCGUAAAGAGAGCAACCGAAUAGCUGGUUCGAUCGGUGGUCAGGUGUAGUUCCAUGAAGAAGUGACAGUGGUUUCGGAUGUGUAUAUGGACGAGACCGCCACGAUGACCGUUCCACCGACACUGCCGGCGAAGGCCCAGGCCCGGGAUGCGAGUCAGGUUGCCCGACAGACUGUGUCAAUCCGGACUGUUUCGAGUCCCCCCACGGCCACUCUGAGCACCGGGGCCGGAGCAACGGUAUUCGUCGGACUGGCCGCUGCUCCUGGCGUUGAUUCCGCGGCAGCCUGCAGGAGAAGAAUCCCGGAAGUGCAAUCCGCGAACGGCUACGGUAAGCAGAGCAGCGUGAAGUCGGCGGCGCAGUGCCAGCAACAGGCUGCUAUACCCCAGCAACAGCAACAGCAACAACAGCAGGCGGCUCACGUGGUUAAGAUCAAGAUCAAUCCGGACGGCGAGAAGAACGGCCGGGUGAUCUCGACGGUCAGGCUGACGCUGGACGAGAAGAUCGGCCAGGAAGCCGGCGAGAAAGAGAACGGUAACGCGUGCGAACGUUCGAGCAAGCGUGACGGUGGUGUGGUCGUGAGUGCGACGAAUCUGGUGAACGAGCAGCGUUGUGGAAGUGCCGGUGCCGGUGACGGCUGUGUGAGGAUCAGUGUCGGCUGCAACGCGUUCGAGCGCAACAACAACAACCCCAACAGCAACAACAACAACAACAACAACACGAAUAACAACGUGAACAGCAACGAGAACAACAACCACGACAAGCACGAUCGCAACAACUCGGAGAAGGACAUGGUGCACCGCGACACCUCGGACCCCUUGAAUUCCGGCAGCAACCGGUCGAACGCCUGCUUCUACUACAACUAUCAGAGCCCGUUGACCGGGAUGGUGAUGUCGUCGGGCCAGUGUUCGCCGAGCGACACGUUGGACAGCGGCACCUGCAGCGACCUGGACGGCACGCCGCCGCCGUUGCCGAAGAAAAAGAACGCGAGCAGCACCGUUCUACUGUCCUCGGACCAGCACAAACGGACCGGCAGCUUGACCAGCAGCGGCGCGGACGUGGACAGCGACGACAACGAGAGCAACAUCAGCUGCGACUCGUUGAACGCCGGUGACCUGAGCGACGGGAUCGUCGGUCGCAACGCGAACGGCACAAUCGAGCCGGAUCGUCGAUCGUUGGACUAUCAGGAGCACCUGGGGAACGGUAUAGAGGAUCGUGCCAAGGACACCGUUCUCAGCCUGAACCGGCUGGACCUGGCGGACGGGGCCGAGCACGUGGACCCGGCGAACAAGGACGCCGGGUCUGUCGCCGGGUCGUCACCGGAAGCCGAGUCGAAUUCCUGCUCGUCCAGCGAGUCUCGCAGCGUCUCGCCGUCACCGUCCGCGGCGUCCACUUUGUCGAAGGCGUCGUCGACGCCGCGGAUCAGGAGCCCGGACCCCGGCUGCGAGCCGAACGGGAAACCGUUGUCCUCGCCGGUGGUGAAGGAGUGCACGUACGAGGAGAGGAAGCAGGAGCAGGAGAGGCGGAUCGUUCAGGAAUCCGUGAACACCGGCGACGCCGACACCGCUGUGAAUCCGGUGACCGGCAAGAAGUACGUGUACGAGUACGACAGGUUCUACAAGUUUCACGUGAACGAGCUCAAGGGGAACAAUAAGGACGCGAGCAGGGGAAUGGUGUUGGGGGAUAAGGACACCGACGAAUGUUUUGCCGGGUACAAGAUCCUCGAUAAGGAAGCCAUACGCAGUGCCAAGGGAACUGUGCGCGGUGUCAAAAACAGGGUGCGCGCCGGCAUCGCGACGUUUCUGCAGAAACCAUCCUCGCAGGCGUACAUAAAGAAGGAACUGGGCAAAGUGGUGGUCUACACGACGACGUCCGGCAUCGUUCGGAAAACCUUCUACAACUGCAAGAAGGUCAAGCAGAUCCUGAGGACGCACAUGGUGAAGUACGACGAGCUGGACCUGUUCGGCGACGCGGAGCUCCAGGCUGAGCUCAGGGACCGUCUGGGCCUGUCCGCGAUACAAUUGCCACAGCUUUUCAUCGAUGGACAACACAUCGGGGGAUUCGACACCGUCGAGCGGCUGAACGAGUCCGGCGAACUGAGGGACAUGCUGAAGCCGUACCAGAGCGAGGACGCGUGCACGGUGUGCCUGUUCUGCGGCGGCUACCAGUGGCAGCUGUGUCCGGUGUGCAACGGUAGCAAGAGGUCCGUGCACCGCAACGACUUCACCGCGGAAUUCGUCGCGCUGAAGUGCGCGAAAUGCGACGUGAACGGUCUGAUCCGCUGUCCCCAUUGCUGAAGGACGAGAGGGCCCCCCCGGUGCCCGGCGGACACACAGCAUCGUUCUUCGAAGCCGAGCCCGGACCACGGCAGGCUUACGCGCAACACCUCUCUCUAUUUAAGACUAAGGUGCUACCCGAGAGUAUAUUGCAUUACCGCGUUAAGUAAUCUGCUCGCGGACCACAGACCAGUCCGCGUACACGAGCGUGCAAGCGGCCGCCUUUCUGCAGAGGCCGUUCUUCUUUCUUCGCAUUUUCCCGGCCCGAGAAAUCGCCAUCGCCGCCACGGCCCCCGGAAAUCCCGCUCGCGGAUCCGGCGAAUCGACUGGCACCAGCGAGAUUCGAGAUUAAAGCGGCGCUUGUAUGCUCGACCUCGACUACUGAACACGAUACGCGGACGCUGAUUGUGCGCGGCCGCGACCGUGAACUGUAAAAUAUCGGCUAAUAAAGCUUAUCUAAUGUUUUGUAAUAUGCAA